GACCGCCGCGGGGGUCGCGCUCCUGGCCCGCCAUGUCCCGGUUGCUGCCGCUGCUCGGCAGCCGGACCGCGCGCAGCCUGAGGCCGGGCCCGGCCGCCGCGCCCCUCCCGCAGUCCUGGUGGUGCUGCUGCGGCCGGGGGCUGCUGGCGUUCGGGGUUCCCGGGGGUCCCCGACGCCUGGGCACGCACCCCAAGAAGGAGCCCAUGGAGGCGCUGAACACCGCGCAGGGCGCGCGCGACUUCAUCUACAGCCUGCACUCCACCGAGAGGAGCUGCCUGCUCAAGGAGCUGCACCGCUUCGAGUCCAUUGCCAUCGCCCAAGAAAAAUUGGAAGCUCUACCACCCACCCCAGGACAGCUGAGAUAUGUAUUCUUCCACAAUGCGAUACCUUUCGUAGGGUUUGGCUUUUUGGAUAAUGCAAUUAUGAUUGUUGCAGGAACCCAGAUUGAAUUGUCUAUUGGAAUUAUUUUGGGAAUUUCAACAAUGGCAGCUGCUGCUUUGGGAAAUCUUGUUUCAGAUUUAGCUGGACUUGGACUUGCAGGUUAUGUUGAAGCCUUGGCUUCCAGGUUAGGCCUGUCGAUUCCUGAUCUUACACCAAAGCAAGUUGACAUGUGGCAAACACGUGUUAGUACUCAUUUGGGCAAAGCUGUUGGGGUGACUAUUGGCUGCAUUCUAGGAAUGUUUCCUUUGAUUUUCUUUGGAGGAGGUGAAGAAGAUGAAAAACUGGAAAAGAAAAAUUAAUCCUCUUAGAAUAUCUAUAAAAAGAUGUAAACUGUACCUCAGUUAUUAAAUAUACUGUCACAACAUUUAGGAAUAAAGACAGUAACAGUGUAUAGAUACGGGAUCAAAUAACUCAGCAUGUAUUAUGGAAAACACUAACUUAUUGUGGCUUGGUCUUCUUAGGACAUCUUUUUAAAAACUAGUAAACAUUUUAUGUAAAUUGUUGAGAUGCUUUUCAUCAAUAGCAGUCAACAUGUUAUCUUUUUUUUCUUUAUGUAUCAACACAUUAUUUAACUUUCAGUCAUUGAUGUACUGUACUGACUUGGGGUUUGCUUACUUGUUCCCUAACGUGUGCAUGCAUGGAAAGAGAGACUUUUGUUUUUGUUGUUAUAUAUUAGAAAUGAGUACAGAUUUUAAGUAUUUUAAGUAUAUCCUAUAAUUCAUUUUAAUUUUUGAACCAUGCUGUCUUAAGAGCCAGAGGUUAAUCCAAAAGAGCAAUUAUCUGGUCUCCCUCUUACAUAAAACCAUAUGUGCUAACAAGUGUACUUAUUUCUAGUUGAUUUUUUUACCUUUAGUUUCCCAAUAUUGAGUAAUUACAUGGUGAGUUCUGGUGUCUGAGGGAAAGAAAAUGAUUAGAGUUUUUAAAAAUAGGGAUUAAAGAAUUAUGGUGAUUCAAGGAUUUUCAGAUAACAUUUGGAAAUUAGGUAGAACAUUUAUUUUAGAUAAAUGGAAAAUGGAAACUCUCAGAAGGUUCAUGGUGUAAGUGGUGAGGUUCAAGUGAUAUCUGGAAAGCUGGUGAGGCACAGUUACACUGCAGUGGAGGCUUCUUUCCCCUGAAGUAUUUUCUCAUCACAAUCAAAUGGGCUCAAGUGCCCUGUGCUCAUAAUCUUCGUCUCAUUAUAUCCUGUUUGGUGAUUUUUUUUCUGGAUAGUUUCUUUUGAAGUAAAAAGCUGUAUUUUAUAUUUUGCGUUUUGCUAUAUAGUCUAGUCAUGAGGAGAAACCCUCUGUCCCAUUCUUGGGCUUCUUCUUUCUUGCGGUGAUUAAAACACAUGCUUGGUUAAUGUUGCUUAUUUAUUUCUAGUCUUGUAUAUCUUACCUAAGUAUAAUCAUGUAAGAGUCAUAAAUUUUAACUUUUGAGCCUUUUAAGUUUUUUCACAUGUGUUCUGUUACACAUGCUAAAAAAAUUCCUUGUAAUGAGUAAAGACAUCAUGGAAGAGAGAAACUGAAUUAGAAUUUAUUCUUUUGGUUAUUAAAAUUAUUUAUGUUCCUAAGUAGAUGCAAAGGAAGACACUCUCAUGUGGUGACUGUAUUUUCAGGUCUUACUUUGGAGUUUUGUCUGCACAUAAUUACUUUGAGCUCUUAUUUUUGAAGGAGAUAUUUUUUCCACAAGAAAAUUUGUCCUAAACUCUCCCUUAUUGACUUCAGAGUGAUUUAGUACCACUGAUUUACCGUAGAUUUUAAGGGAAAACCUUGAAAUAUAAAGAUAAGUACAUGAAAUUCUCUUGAUUAUAUCUGAUCAAAUUAGAACUGCACAACUUGAAAUCUUAAACUGAUCUGGGUUUUGCAUCUUCCACGUACCACUGGACACCAGAAAGGAAAUUUCAGGUUAAUAGGGUUAGAAUGCGGAUUUAGCUUUCUUUUGUAAAUGGGUGAAUGCUUUUGUCCCUAAUUUGUGUAUUUAAUGGCUGUCCUGUUCUUUUUUUUUUUUUUCAAGUAUUGUAUUGUGGUGCUUAACUUUCCUUCUUAUUAAAUCCCAUUUCCAGAAACUUGUCAUGCAAGUUUAGAAAGCACUUUUGAUGAUUGGUGUGCUUUUUCUUCCUCUUAAAACAGCCUAGACCUACUAUUAGCAGAAUUUCUAUUAAUAGAAUUAGGACAGUUUAUUGAAAGUCUUGUUAUUUGAGUUAUCAAAAUGUGAAUAAUGUUCACAAUGAAAGACAUUCUAAUUUUCAGUCACAAAACUGAAUAAUUAAUAAAAAAUUUGAAUCUGUAAGAUACUUAAUUUUCCCAAACAAAAAGCAAAGUCCCUCUGUCCUUAGCCAAAGGCACACGGUUCUUUCAAGCUCUUGUCCUGUAACAUGGUGCUUUGCACACUGUGAUUUCUGAGGAUGGUUUCUUUUAAGGUAAUGACUCCAUGUGAUCUUCGUUCCUGUUGCUCACCACAGAGACUCUGAUGUCAGAUGGAAACUGGACCUCCUUGUUUCUCAGCAGCUGUUCUAUCAGGAGCACUAAGCUACGGUGAAACGCAUCAUGAGCUGCUUUAGGACUGUCUGUUCAAAAUUCCUGUUGUUCAUGUAUUAUGAUUUAUUGACUUGUUGAUGCAUGUAAACUGGGUGCAUUUUAUUGCCAACAGUAUGUUAAAUAGUGACCAAUGUUUUUACAAAGGAAUUGAACAAAAAAUAUCUUUUGAGAA